AUGGAAAUUAAUAAAAUCCAUUGGGUUAAGGACAUGACCCUUGGGUUUAAAGACAUAUUCAAUUGGGGGGUGACAACUCUUCGAACUAAGGAAUACAUUGUUUGGGGUGAUAACUCUUCAAGACCAAGGGAUGUAUUGUUUGCCUUUUCAGAUUGGGAUACCUUUUUGGAAAGGUGUAGUGCUUCUUUCAUAAGGAGGAGAGCGUUGUAUCCUGGGAGGCGAACGCUAGUGAACCAUAAGCACCAGUGUGGGGCAGUGCUGGCUCCUUACAUAUGGUUUGGGAUCUUUUGGGAAGUUUUGAAGCUAUGGAUGGAGGGGUUUAAGAUUAUUGUUGUUGAUGUCCCUCUAUUGUUCGAGGCCAAGAUGGACAAAUGGACAAAGCCCAUUGUUUUGGUAUGGGUUGAUUCUGAAACACAGCUCCAGAGACUCAUGUUGAGGGACAGUACAAGUGAGGAUGAUGCUCAGAACAAGAUAAAUGCUCAGAUGUCACUUGAUUUGAAAAAGACCAAGGCAGACCUAGUGAUUGAUAAUACUGGUUCACUGAAGGAUUUAAGAGAACAGUUUCGCAGUAUCUUAGUUAUCGUCACGAAGCCCUUGACGUGGACUGAAUUCGGGUUCUCUAGACGAGGUGUCGCGUUGUUUCUUCUCUCCAUUGUUGUAGGUGUUUUAAUGUAUUUUCAGAGAAGUUUAUAUGCUAGUAGUUUAUAG